UUUUGACUAAUCAUUAGUGGAUCAAAAACCGACAGAAAAUGCAAUUCUCAAAGACCGCCAUAGCCCUUCUUCUUGGCUGCAUUGUUCUUCUGGGACCAAUGAUGGAUGUGGUUCAUUCUUUCGAGCUGAGCAAGGCUGCUGCCUGCGCUGAAGUUGCUGCAGGAGCCGGUGCUGCUGGUCUAAGUGGCGCUGUACCCAUUGUUAAAGCAUUGAUAACCUGCUCUGAGUACAAGGCCACAAAAACAAAUGUACAAGAUCCAACGGAUUUGUUCUUGCUGAUCGGUAACUUUGUACAAAAAGUUAUGCGAAAACCAUCGUGCGUGUCGGAUGCAGUUCUUUCAGCUCAAAAGGUGUUGGCUUCGCAUGUCGAUAAAUUGUUUGCCGCUAAGUGCUUUAACUAAUAAAGACAGCUGCCUGUGCAGAUGAUAUAUUCGAAUUUAUUCCAAGCAUA